CAUUCUUCAUAGUUCAUUGGUCCGGUCGAACCUGACGUGUUAAGACCUAACGUGCUCGUUGCCAUUGAGACAGUAGCCUCUGGAGAAAACUGUUCCUUCUCUUUCAUUUUUUAAAAAAAUUAUUUCAAAAUAAUAAAAAUGGCUUUGUCCUCGAGGAUUUUGGGUCUGGCGGUUUCGAACAAAUUUGGAAGAGUAUUCUCCCAACAGUUGAGAUAUUCCAGCUAUGAGUAUAUCAAGACGGAGAAAACCGGUGAGAAACAAAAUGUUGCUCUUAUAACGCUCAAUAGACCGAAAGCGUUGAAUGCACUGUGUGAUGCUCUUGUAACCGAAUUGAGCAGUGCUGUCGAUUGCUACGAUAAGGACGACAGUGUCGGUGCAAUUGUUCUUACAGGAAGCGAAAAGGCGUUUGCUGCAGGUGCCGACAUAAAGGAGAUGCUUAACAAGUCUUUCGCUGAAAACACCAAAUUUGCGCUUUUAGAGCACUGGAGCAAUAUUACAAAGUGUAAAAAACCCGUCAUCGCUGCUGUCAACGGAUUUGCUCUCGGCGGCGGCUGUGAAUUGGCCAUGAUGUGUGAUAUUAUAUACGCAGGGGAAACUGCGAAAUUCGGUCAGCCCGAGAUCAUUAUCGGGACAUGCCCUGGUGCCGGGGGUUCGCAGAGGAUUGCCCGGAGCUGCGGGAAGAGCAAGGCAAUGGAAAUUUGUCUAACAGGAAAUCAAUUUACGGCUCAAGAAGCAGAAAAAAUGGGUUUGGUCAGCAAGGUCUUCCCGAAUGACAAGCUCGUUGAAGAAGCCGUUAAACUCGGUGAGAAAAUCGCUUCACAUUCUCCUCUCAUAGUGCAGAUGUGCAAAGAAGCUGUCAAUAUCGCAUUUGAAACAACUCUCCAAGAAGGGUUGAGAUUCGAAAAGAGAACAUUCUACGCUACUUUUGCCACAGAGGAUCGCAAGGAAGGAAUGACUGCCUUCGUCGAAAAGCGCAAACCCAACUUUCAAAACAAAUAAAUAUAAUUUUUAUAGUGCCAUUAUGAUUAAAGAUCUUGAUAUAAUCAUGGGUAACAUUCCCAAUCUGUUGACAAUUAAAGGAAAAAUCUAUUAAAAUGAUUUUUUUUUAACUUGAA